AUGGCAGCCACCAACAAUCAUGAACCCACCGUUGUCGUGUCGGAUGGUCUUGAUAUUGCCGAUAAUAACGUCCCCACCCAGAUCGAUGAUUCAAAGAACAGCCACCAUAUCUCCGAAGCCGCGUCUGACGAUAGCUGGCCGGACAAGCCCACAGAAGAGGAGCUUCAAACCCUGCGGCGAGUCUCAGGAGAAAUCCCUUGGACCAUGUGGACGAUUGCCUUUGUGGAGCUCUGCGAACGAUUCUCCUACUAUGGCGCUGCUGUUCUCUACACCAACUUCGUGAACCACCCACUGCCUCCUGGGUCCACGACCGGUGCGGCUCCCGAUGGCCUACCUGGAGCCCUAGGCAUGGGUCCGAAGGCCGCACAGGGUAUCAGUCUGUUCAACCAGUUUUUCGCCUACCUGACGCCUCUUCUCGGUGCAUGGAUUGCUGAUGCCAGGAUGGGUCGGUUCUGGACCCUCCAUCUUGCCAUUGGUAUUUCCACCGUAGCCCACGUUGUGCUCGUUGCUGCUGCCUCUCCUACAGUCAUCGUCAAGGCGGAUGCAGCGUUUGGAGCGUUCAUCAUUGGCCUCAUGACUCUCUGUGUCGGUACUGGAUUCUUCAAAGCGAAUGUCUCCCCUCUACUGGCGGAGCAGAACACAGACGAUCGCAUGCGCGUGGAGGAGCGUGACGGCGAGCGCAUCAUUAUCGAUCCAGCCAUCACUAAUUCUCGACUGUUCCUGUGGUUUUACUUCUUCAUCAACGUCGGCUCCCUCACCGGCCAGAUCAGCAUGGUCUAUGUCGAGAAAUUCCGCGGCUUUUGGCUUGCAUUCUUGAUUCCCACCAUCCUCUUCCUCAUCGCCCCUCUGGUCCUCUGGUCUCAGCACAAAAAAUACAAGCUGACCCCUCCCACGGAAUCCCUUCUGUCGAAACUGAUUCGCAUGUACUGGUACGCCAGGAAACGGUCCAACGGCUUCUUCAAGGUAGACUGGGAAACAGCCAAGCCAUCCAGGACUGCUAUAUCCGACCGACCCCUGUGGAUGACAUACGAUGAUGCCUGGGUUGAUGAGGUCCGUCGCGGCUUGAUGGCCUGCAAGGUUUUCUUGUUCCUGCCUGUCUUCUUCCUCGCCUACAACCAAAUGACUGGAAACCUCACCAUCCAGGCCGGUACAAUGCAGCUGAACGGCGUCCCGAACGACGUUAUUCAAAACUUGAACCCCAUCUCCAUUGUGAUCAUGGUCCCCCUUAUCGACCAUGUCCUCUAUCCCGCCCUCCGCAAGGUCGGGAUUGCCUUUACCCCUGUCAAGCGAAUGACGUCUGGGUUCUUCAUGGCGACAUUGGCGAUGGUUGCGUCUGCUGUGAUGCAGUAUUAUAUCUACAAAAUGAGUCCGUGUGGAUGGUACUCCAACCGCACCGUGGACGGCGUCCCUUGUGACCCAGCCCCUAUCAACGUCUGGGCUCAAUGCUUGCCAUACGUCCUCAUCGGUCUGGCCGAGAUCCUGACCAACGUCACCUCGUACGAAUAUGCCUUCUCCAAGGCCCCAGAGAACAUGAAGUCCCUUGUCAUGGCUGUCAAUCUGUUUAUGAGUGCCAUUUCUGCCGCUAUUGGCCAGGCAUUUACUCCUCUGUCGGACGACCCCCUGCUGGUUUGGAACUAUACCGUCAUUGCGUGUAUCGCUUUUGUAGGUGGCAUUGCUUUCUGGUUCUGCUUUAACCAUCUGGAUACCGAGGAGGAUAAGUGGAACAUGCUUGCGAAGACGCAUUACUUGGGCCGGAAUCAGCCUACACAGACGGCGGCUACAAAGGAGGAGUGUUAG